GAAAUAUCUUUCGCAUGGCAGUCGAGCGUCAGGGAAUGUGUCACAGAGAACCUCACCUACAAAGUUAUUUGCAAAGCUUGUCACUGCACCGGAAACAGUGUAUACUUUAUAUUUUUUAUUUAAAGAACAAAUUCGUCCUUCCUAUCAAAUAUAUAAAACUAAUUAAAAACAUGUAAUUUCGAUCCGAUAAAAAGUUCAAUAUUUUACAAUUAUUUCUCUGUUUCUUAUACGAUAUCCUGCCUUGUGAUGCAAAAUUGUUGUAUAUUCAAUAUUUAAUCGUAACAAUGUCAAAUUAGUACUUCGUGUCAGCUGAGGGCGCUAGUGACGAAACACAGUGGAGUGGAUAGUCUGUCAGAGCAGCGAUAUAUUUUGUUGGCCAAUUCGUAGUAGCUUUCGCAAACCGGUAGAUGACCGUGAUUUUUAGUCCAUUCCGAGUGAUUUUGAGUAGCAUAGAGUCGUAGGUACAUCGAUGAAAAGUCGACUUCAGGUAAAAACGUAAUAACGCCGAUAAAUGCGUCGUGGUCGGUAAAGGUGAGGCAGCUGCAGUGCCAUACCGUAUGCUUGUCAUGGCGGCAUGGAGGACGAGCAAUGAAAAUGGCCGGAAGAUGCACGGGGCAGUGGGGAGGGAUGGUAAGGCCGAAUAGAAGGCAGCGGUCCACGCGUUCUCAGCAGCCUAUCCUAGAUUUAUUUCCGUGGAUGUUGCGCAAUAAACGCUACACUGUUAGCUCACUGAAUGCUACCCCUCGUUUAACUUCGAAGAGGUGCCAAGGGCUAGUGAGUAACAUGUUAAUUGUCAUCGGCUGCCAUUCUUUUCAUCGCAUAAAGGAGCGCGAUUAUGUUCGCCAUGUAUAUGCGCUGUAAUGUUAUUUCUCGCUGUCAAUGUAAUGGAGACUUAGUCAUCCUUGUAUUAUAUUAAUGCACCUCUUUAACGCUAUCCACGUUUUGGCGUUCACAUGGAAACGCUCUCCACACGGGGAAUUUCGAAUGAAAGAAGGCGCACGGAAUUUUUACGGAAGGUUUUUAUCGGUUUUCAAGAAUCAGUAAAUGAAAAUAAAAAGGUACAACAAGUAGUUUACAGUACGCUUUCACUGUAUCGAUCAUGAGAAAGCAAUUCUAUAAGAAAAACUAAAUCACAUUUUAAUUGUGUUUUCAAGUAUGUUUCAGACUGAGGAAUUUUAUCUUUCUAAAAACGCGGUAAUCUUAUUAUUUGACAUUGCUUGGUUUCAUCGUUAUUAUUUUUUUAUUCAUACUCAGAUAUGUCUAUUAAUAAACAUACAUACAUCAAACUUACAUCCUUAUUAAAGCAAAAAGUUAUUCAAUUUUGAUAUCUUAUUUAAAUACAUGCAUGAAUUCCAUAUGUUUUCACAGGAGAGUGUUCUACGGUGUAGACAAUAAAAUCUGCGUUUUAAUCACUGAAUUGGCUACAUUGCGAAUAUCAAUUUGAAGAAACUUAUUGAAGUUAUCAUUUUAAUAACAAGAAAUGUUAGACAAUUAUUUUUGUUAUUCCUAACAAUAAAUUUAUAACAAGCUCAAAAUUUGAAGGACCAUAUGAUAUGAAUAUUUCUUUUACUGAUUACCAUCCAUUUCUGAUACGCCGUUGUUUCUGCCUAUGAACGUAUCAGUUAGAUUAAAAUAUGUAAUACAAAAUGAUGAAUAAUGCCUGAUAAAUAAUAUCUUACUUUUCAUCGUACUCUUCUUUCACCCUUCGUUUAAGGAAUAAAAUUUCCGUUUGCUCCAAUAGUUCUCAACAUGAUGCCGCAAAAAACGUUUCAGUAAAAACACAUUGUUUCUGUCAAAAAAAAAAUAAUGGGAACGGUAAGAAAAUUGAGACGAUACGAUGACGUAUCUCAAUCGUUAACACAUUUAUCCACGAUAUCCAUCCAGUCAUGUUGCAAGAUAAGAUUACAUUGGCGGGGCAAUCACGAGCCGCAAGAAAACGCAAUAAUCUCUAUCAGAAGUGAAUUUGCUGUACUAUUACUUCGAAAAUCAUUAGUUACGGUAUAAGUUUAACAAAUUUUUGUGAAAUCUAUCGUUUACUUUUAUUACCAUGACCCAUAGUAUCGCCGUUUAUUUAACCAUUUCACUUAUUUCGAUGUUCUCCGCUCUCGGGACGACAGUUUUGACGCAACAAUGCUCGUCGUUUUGCGUGUGUGACACUUGGUAUGGUUUGGAGCGUGCUUCUUGUGUGGGCCGCCAUCUUUACAGUAUACAUACAGGUGCACCGAACGUGCAAGCACUCGACUUAUCGGAUAAUGUGAUAUCACUUUUAAGUAGCUUCGAGUUAGCGGAUGUUGGAAUGACGAGAUUAAAGUACCUUAAUCUUUCUGAGAAUGCAAUCAGUGAAAUCGGCCUAAAUGCUUUCGAUGGCCUUACGAAUUUAACGAUCUUGGAUCUAUCGAAAAAUAGACUCCAUGAUAUUUCAGAUGAAGUCUUUGAAAGAAACAGAAAUCUACGAAUCUUAAUACUAUCGAAAAAUAAUUUCAAUUCGCAUGUACCGAAAUUACGAUCCUCUUCGUUGAUGGAACUAAGUUUGGAUUCAUGUCAGAUUAAUCAUUUACCUCCAGACACGUUCAAUGGACUCACGCACGUACGUCGUCUCGAUCUUUCAAAUAAUUUGAUGAUUCAGAUGAGUACCAUUGUCGUGCAAACAUUGCAUAUUUUGAACAAAUUAUCAUUAGAGGGAAAUCCAUGGUCUUGCAAUAAAAUUAUGUUUGAGUUACAAACAUAUCUCAAUACUAAGAGCAUCGAAUUCGACGAAGUUUGCGGUAAGAAAAUAAAUGUAAAAAAAUUCGAGAAAAUGAUUAAUCUUCCUACAAAAUCACGUAGUUAUCAUCAUUUGGCAAAUUCGAGUAUGCUUUUUGAUGAAACUAAAUCGGUAACUGAAUAUAAUGUAUCGAAUACAGUGAAGGAUAAAAAUCUGUCAACAUAUGAACAAAUGAUAAACCAAACGCAUGUUGUCGAUUCAGUAGAUAAAUCUGUAGUAUAUUGGUUUCUUCUUCUUGGUUUUAUACUUGGUAUUUCAAGUGGAUUAUUUAUUUCUUAUAUUUGGUUGUCGAGGAUGUAUUUGUGUAACCGGAGAUACAGGUAUCACGAACAAUUUAACGACGAAUUAAUAACCUCCCGACGAUUGUCUUUGCUGGAUUCGUAUUUACAAGGACUCAUAAGUAGCGAUAGAAGCUUGAUAGAAUCUUGUCCAAAUACCCCGCCACCUCAAUAUCGUGAUGUUAUGCUACGACCUAACCUUUAUCCACUAAGAGUAGCGAAUUUAAAUAACAAUGGUACCGGAUAUGGAGAAAUGUAUACAUAACUUCAG